AUGUCGCUCUUUAAAGGAGCCUCAAGAACUGUGUUCAGGGCUAACACUGCGCAAAGAGCAGCAGCUUCAAUAUGUGGCGCGAGAAGAGCGGCGAGUAGUAGUCGAAUGACCUUGGAAAGUCAACAAAAGCUACUUUCAGCAAACCUUGAACAUGCAGAUCCAGCAGUCUUCAGCAUUCUCCAAAAUGAAAAACGGAGGCAGAAGCAUUUCAUCAACCUUAUUCCUUCCGAAAAUUUCACAUCACAAGCUGUGUUAGAUGCAUUGGGAAGUGUUAUGCAAAAUAAAUAUUCCGAAGGAUAUCCAGGAGCGAGAUAUUAUGGAGGAAAUGAGUUCAUCGACGAAUCCGAGAGAUUAUGCCAAAGUCGUGCUCUACAGACUUUUGGGUUGAAAGAGUCAGAAUGGGGUGUCAAUGUUCAACCACUGUCCGGCUCUCCUGCAAAUCUUUACGCAUAUUCCGCUCUCGCCAAUACACAUGACAGAAUAAUGGGAUUAGAUUUACCUCACGGUGGUCAUCUUUCUCAUGGAUAUCAAACCCCUACCAAAAAAAUUUCCGCUAUCUCAAAAUACUUUGAAACUUUACCAUAUCGAUUGGAUGAAAGUACAGGACUUAUUGACUACGCUAAGUUGGAGGAACUUGCUACAUUGUACAGACCAAAGAUUAUUAUUGCCGGUACAUCAGCGUACAGUAGACUCAUUGAGUAUGAGCGUAUGCGUGAAAUUGCCGACAAGGUUGGAGCAUAUCUUCUAGCUGACAUGGCACACAUUUCUGGUCUUGUUGCCGCAAAGGUUAUUCCAAGUCCUUUCGAAUAUGCAGAUGUCGUCACAACUACUACACACAAAUCACUCAGAGGUCCUCGAGGUGCUAUGAUUUUCUUCCGAAAGGGGGUUAGAAGAGUCAACCCAAAAACAAAAGAAGAGGAGAUGUGGAAUCUUGAAGAUCCAAUUAAUGCAUCAGUAUUUCCAGGACAUCAAGGAGGUCCUCAUAACCAUACUAUCACUGCAUUGGCCGUUGCAUUAAAACAAGCACAAAGCGUUGAAUUCAGAGCUUAUCAAGAGGCAGUUUUACUGAAUGCAAAGGCAUUUGCGAAGCGUUUGGGUGACUCAAAAGAUAAAGGGGGUCUCGGUUACUCCAUCGUCUCUGGGGGUACCGAUAAUCAUCUUGUACUCAUUGACUUAAAACCUCAAGGAGUUGAUGGUGCUCGAGUUGAACGUGUUCUUGAACUUGUUGGAGUCGCAUCCAAUAAGAAUACAGUUCCAGGUGAUAAAUCUGCCCUUAAACCUGGUGGAUUAAGAAUGGGUACACCAGCCAUGACAACUCGUGGUUUCCAACCUGAAGAUUUCGUACGGGUUGCCGAUGUUGUAAAUAGAGCUGUUACCAUAACUCAACGAUUAGAUAAAAGUGCAAGGGAAGCAGCAGAGGCAAAGGGAAGAAAGAAUCCUGGCAGUGUAAAAGCUUUCUUGGAGUACCUUGGCGAGGGCGAGAAUGAGAGAGAGAUUGUACAAUUGAGAAGUGAGGUUGAGGAAUGGGUUGGCACUUUCUCUCUACCAUGGGAGGAGAGUACUUAA